ACGAUUUCCACAAGGCAACUAAGGGAGUUUGUAAACAUGUGCUCGACCUUGGACAUAAUUCAACUGAGACGCUACAACAGCGUGCUUUAUAUCGAUGAAACCAGAAUCAGGCGGAAAUUUUAGAGGUGGACGCGGUAGAGGUGGUCAGAGGCAUAGUUUCGGUGGUGAGAAAAGUGUUGGUGAUGAAAGCCGAGGUGGAGGUAGAGGCGGACGUUUCAGUGAGAGAGGCGGGUUCAGAGGUGGACGUGGGGGUGACUUCGGUGGGCGUGGUAGAGGACGAGGUGACUUUGGUGGUCGAGGUCGUGGAGGUUUCAAUAGGGGGACACCUCGAGGGAGGGGUGGACGUGGAGGAAUGAGAGGAGGGAAAAAAGUGUUGAUAGAGCCCCAUAGACAUGAAGGUAUUUUUGUUGCUAAAGGCAAAGAGGACUGCUUGGUAACGAGAAAUGUUGUCGUCGGCGAGUCUGUUUAUGGUGAAAAGCGAAUCAGUGUAGAGGAUGACGCAGGUGGUAAAAUUGAAUACAGAGUGUGGAAUCCAUUUCGAUCGAAAUUAGCAGCAGGCAUAGUUAACGGACUUGAUCAGAUUCAUAUCAAGCCAGGUAGUCGUGUUUUGUAUUUGGGAGCUGCCAGCGGAACUACUGUCUCUCAUGUUUCUGAUGUAGUCGGCGCAGAUGGAGUAGUUUAUGCUGUAGAAUUCUCGCAUCGUUCAGGACGUGAUCUUUUGAAUGUCGCUAAGCAUCGAACAAAUGUGGUUCCAAUAAUAGAAGAUGCUAGACAUCCUCACAAAUACAGGAUGCUUGUUGGUAUGGUGGAUUGUAUAUUUGCUGAUGUCGCUCAACCUGAUCAGUCUAGAAUAGUGGGGGUCAACGCCGAGUACUACUUAAAAAACGGAGGUCAUGCUGUUAUAUCCAUCAAAGCCUCAUGUAUUGACUCGGUUGCUGCUCCUGAGGUUGUGUUUGCAAAGGAAGUAGAUACACUACGAAAAUUACAAUUCACUCCACGUGAACAGGUUACUCUUGAACCAUUCGAACGUGGUCACGCUAUGGUAACUGCUCAGUAUCGAGCACCAAAAAAGGUUAAGACUGAGCAAUAAUGGCGUUUACUUGGUUUGUAUAUGUAAAUAAAAUAUUUCGUUGAGACAUUUCAAGAUUGUACAACACAUGCAAUAAACGUUUUAGUGAUUCACACCGCUUAUUUUCCAGUGACUACUGCGUUGGCCCAAUGAUACUUCACUAAGGAUUACGCAGUUGAAUUUUUGAGUUUCGUAUCUUACACGAAUUCGUGCAGAAUUUCAAAGUGGCUUUCUAUUCUCUUUACCAUUAUGCAUUAACUUUUCACCUAGUGACAGUAUGCAAAAUACAUACAUACAUACAUAUCAGGAACUUCGUGACUUGAGUUUUACUAAAAAUAAACUAGCGCAAAGUUUUGGAAUUAUCAAUGCGGAGAACAUAAUUAUAGUACCUAUAAGUUUUGUACUGUUUAGUCGUUUCGAAAGUCCGUUGUGUCACUGAGUAUAUUGGAGACCUCUGUAUGAAGAGUACUCAACUUUCUCGGGUCAUUGAUGUUUUCACCACAAUGCUCUUCUACAUGGGCUACGUUUAUUUUUCAGGUGUAAAUCUCGUCGUACAGUCUGUUCAGUUUCUUUAUGUGGUGCGAUGUGUUAAGUAUACUAUUGAAAACGAUGGUUUUUGAUGUCUUAACGUCGUUUGAUGCGUAAUAUUUUGGCCGUUUUCAUAUCAGUACUUUUGCUUAGACCAAAAAGGCUAGACACUGCUACAUGAUGAGAGGUAUUUGUUCUGAAGCUAAAUAGAUUAUAUUUGAAAGCUUAAUAGGAAGCGAGACUGAGGAUCUGUUAAGAUAACUUCAGAGGUCUUAACCGUUAAAAUGUGACAGCCAUUCGAUUCUUAAUGAGGACUCCACCAACCAAGUGUUAUUCAUGGCGCUACUUGUUUCUGAAUAAUAUACCGGAUGAGUUGUAUAGGCUUGAAAUCUCAAAUGUACGUUGCUCAGAGAUACCAAGCGUAUGACUAGUUGGGCCCUCCAUAUAGUAUGAAUAAUAAGAUCCUCAAUUCGGAGUGAGAACCGUGCUUAGGAUUAUCUUUGAGCAGUGCAGCGUAACUUUAGUUUGCAGACUCAUUAGUUGCCGUAGGAUAGGUUCAGAAAUGUUUUCGUAUCGGCAUGUCACUCGUCUAGUGGUUAAGACACUGAUUACUAGUUUAGGCUGAUCUCCACGCACUUUGUUUCUGAGAGUUGUGUUCUCUAAUCCCCUCACGAUUAGUAGCACAAAAUCGUUUGGAUGAACUUGUUACACGUUUUGUGCAUUAAUGUUCGUUACCGUGUAACUGUUUGAGAAGCGGUUUACUAGUCAGUCAGUCAGCUACAACGUAGGACCAGGCACAUAUAAGCAUCGGUCCAGGUUGCCAUACCGCAUCAGCACAAAAAGAUGAACACCGGAUUCAUAGCAGUGGUUAGGUCAAAGGUAGUAAUAUAUAAGAGAAAGAUUGCAUAUAUAUACACCGACGCCAUUGUAAUCGAUUCUGAGCCAUGUCACCAAGAGUCUCCAGCCAUUGGUUACGAAAGUCACGCGGACCCCAACCAAGUAGUCUGCAUCUACCAACAUGGCUCAGACUAGAAGUUAGUGACUUCAAACACUGAUGCCACGUUUUGGUUUGGCCGCCCCUAACUUUCUUCCAACCAUCCCCAACAGCGGUUAGCAUUGCACGUCGUGGCAAUCGGUGUUCAGGCAUACGUAACACGUGGCCCAACCAUCUUAGUCGAUGAAGAUUCACAACCUCAUCAACUGAUUUACCAUCAUUACCUAAUACCCUGCGUCUAACCUCACUAUUAUUUACCCGGUGAUCCCAACAGACGCCAGCAAUAUUUCUAAGGCAUCUGUGGUCAAAUACUAGUAGCUCACGGGUGUCUUCUACUCUUAAAGGCCAUGUUUCGCUGCCGUAAAGUAAAACAGAACGGACUGCCGCGCAGUAUACUCGUCCUUUUAUUGAUAGACGGAUAUCUCGCCUUCGCCAUAGGUGACGUAAUUUGGCAAAAGCCAAACGAGCUUUUCAAAUCCGUGCUCAGAUUUCGUCAGACACCAACCCAUUAGGGCUGAUCAGACUUCCAAGAUAAGUGAAGUUGUCGACGCGUUCGACUACUUCACUCCCUAUCGUUAGUUCAGGUGUUGACGCAGACCAGUCCUGAAGCAACAACUUGCAUUUAGAGGGAGAGAAGCGCAUUCCAAACAUUCUGGCAUUGUUGCUUAGUGCUAUCAAAACACUCUGCAUUUUGUCAGCGUCUUCACCAAACAGGACUAUGUCAUCUGCGUAUUCUAAGUCGAUAAGUGGACCUCCUAGAUGGAGAUCGAUACCCGAGAACUCAGUCG